AUGCAUCUGGUGAUCGCGCCAUCUAUCUUAUAUUCUGUUUAUGCUCGUAUAUUCGUCAUCAUGUCUGGAAGAGGUAAAGGCGGUAAAGGACUCGGGAAAGGAGGCGCCAAGCGUCACCGCAAAGUGUUGCGUGAUAACAUCCAGGGAAUCACCAAACCCGCAAUCCGUCGUCUCGCUCGCCGUGGCGGUGUCAAGCGUAUCUCCGGUCUGAUCUACGAGGAGACUCGCGGUGUGUUGAAGGUGUUUCUGGAGAACGUUAUCCGUGAUGCCGUCACCUACACUGAACACGCCAAGAGAAAGACCGUCACUGCCAUGGACGUUGUGUACGCGCUGAAACGACAGGGACGAACUCUGUACGGAUUCGGAGGAUAAACGACUUUAUUCAGGAGAAAUCAGACCAACCCAACGGCUCUUUUAAGAGCCACCCACAAUCUCACACAAAGAGCUGAUUUUAUAGAAGUUUUAUUAUAUUAUACAAUGUAUUGUGCUGUUUGGAGAUCUGUACAAGCUUUAGAUUAAGAUCAAACUUUAUUGUCAUAGCGCAGGUACAGAGCCAAUGAAAUGCAGUUGUUUUCGCCAGCGCCCUAUCUGCGUAAUUUAGCAACAGCAGUUUAAGAAUUAAAGCAUCGUUUUCCCAUGAAUAAACGUGGAUUCAUGUUCAUAUGAUUUGCAAAUACAUUUAAGUAAAUAUGAGGAAAAACAAAUGGUAUAAAACGCAGAACAAGAUAAUUUAAAUGAGAUUCAGCCAAUUGUUCAAAAUGUUUUUUUUAUUUUUUUUAUUUAUUUUUUAUUUUAUGUAGUCUUGUUAACCUAAAAGUAUUUACGUACUUUCAGUAAAAAAAAAAGUAAAAAAGAAACCAAGUAAAAUAACUUCCCGUUUUCUCAACCGACACAAAGGCUGUUAAGAGUCACACAUGUUCUCAUGUAAAGAGUUAUUUGUAUAAAGUGUUUGUUAUUAAUAAAAUCACGGAUGUUCAGUGUCGGGAAAAUUAAGCUUUAAGAAUCAACAAGACUUUAAACACUAAAACAUUAAAAAUAGCUUCAUUACUCAAAGCUGCUGUUCAAUUUACUGUCAUGUGUUAAGAAGCGCAAAUGGGAAACUGCUGUGACUCACAUGUUUCAUUUUAUAACAACAAUUUAAUUUGAACGCAAUUAUGUCGUUGCGUGUUUUGUUCAUAAAUAUUCAUUAAAUAAUGUUGAAGCCUAAAGGCCGAUGUCGAAAUACAUCUUGUGUUGUUUUGCAGGAUUGAAUGUUUAAGAACAUUAAAUUUAAGACCAACCCAACGGCCCUUUUAAGAGCCACACACAAUCUCAUAAAGAGUUCAUGUUAUAGAAGUUUUAUAAUAUUAUACAAUUUAAUGUAUUUUGCUGUUUGGAGAUCUGUACGAACGUACUGUUGCAGCAGCAGUUUAUAAAGAAUAAAAGCAUCGUCUUCAGAUUAAAAACGUGGAUUAUUAAAUUAUUUAUUGUUCAACACAUAUUUCAUGUGAUUUUCAGACACGUACAGAAUUACAGAUGAAGUUUCUAUGGGCGAGUAAUAAUACAGUCCAGAUUUAC